AUGGAGCUACCUUCGAACCUAUUGCCCGAUGAUGCAAGUCCAGAGUGGAUGAACAAAGGAGACAACGCAUGGCAGUUAACAGCAGCAACAAUGGUUGGGCUUCAAAGCAUUCCCGGACUUGUUAUCCUUUACGCAAGCCUGAUGAAGAAAACAUGGGCGAUAAACUCAGCUUUCAUGGCCUUUUACGCCUUUGCUGCUGUUCUCCUAUGUUGGGUUUCAUGGGCUUACCGAAUGUCGUUCGGGGACAAAAUGGUAUUUUUCUUGGGGAAACCUGGUGUAGCAUUAGAUGAGAAGUUUUUAUUAGAGAAAGCCUUUUUGGGAAAUUUUCCUAAUGCUACAAUGGUGUUUUACCAAGGUGUUUUUGCUGGUAUUACUUUGAUUUUGAUAGCUGGUGCUUUACUUGGGAGAAUGAACAUUCGUGCAUGGAUGUUGUUUGUGCCACUUUGGGUGACAUUCUCGUACACUGUUGUUGCUUUUAGUAUUUGGUCUCCUAACGGAUGGUUGGCUAAACAUGGUGUUAUUGAUUUUGCUGGUGGAUAUGUUAUUCACCUCUCUGCAGGAGUCGCGGGUUUCACCGCAGCUUAUUGGGUGGGUCCUCGACCGGAGAAGGAUAGGGAAACAUUUCCGGCAGGAGCAAACAACAUGAUAAUGAUGGUUGCAGGCGCGGGACUGCUUUGGAUGGGAUGGAGUGGAUUCAACGGUGGAGGUCCGUUUGUGGCUAGCACUAUUGCGUCUCUUGCUGUGCUAAACACACAUGUGUGUACCGCUGCUAGCAUCGUCGUGUGGAUUAUGCUAGAUACUUUUUACUUUGGCAAGCCUAAUAUGUUUGGUGCUGUACAAGGCAUGAUCACCGGUCUCGUCUGCAUCACCCCGGCCGCAGGAAUUGUGCAGGGAUGGGCUGCAAUCUUGAUGGGUUUGAUUUCAGGAAGUAUUCCAUGGUACACAAUGAUGGUACUUCACAACAAAAUUAAUUUCUUAAAGCAUAUAGACGACCCGAUGGCGGUGUUCCACACCCACACCAUAGCUAGUGCUCUUGGUGGCAUCCUCACCGGCUUCUUCGCUGUGCCUAAAUUAUGUCGUCUCUUUUACAUGGUACCCGAUUGGGAAAAAUACAUUGGCCUCGCGUAUGGUCUACAAAACAAUGGCGCAACUCGAGCGGGUUUGAAACAAAUGGUGAUCCAAAUUGAGGCCAUAGUUUUUGUAGUUUGCUAUAAUGUUGUUGUGACAAGUUUGAUUUGUUUGCUUGUGAGGGUUUUAGUACCACUUAGGCUUAAUAGUGAUGCAUUGCAAAUGGGUGACAAGGCAAUGCAUGGAGAGGUUGCUUUUGCCAUGAAUAGUGAGGUUAUUAAAUUUGUGAACAUUAAGCAUAAUAAGGUUUAUGAUACUCAAGAUUUCUCAUCCAUUCAGGAGUCUAGGUCAUUAGGUGAGCUUCAAAUGGUAUGA